AUGAGCGACGCUCAGGCAAGCGACGCUGAAAAGAACAUCGAAAUAUGGAAGGUCAAGAAGUUGAUUAAACGCCUUGAAGCGGCUCGUGGCAAUGGCACAUCCAUGAUUUCGCUCAUUAUCCCCCCCAAGGAUCAGGUCUCCCGGGCGGCCAAGAUGUUGGCUGAAGAAUAUGGUACUGCCUCGAACAUCAAGUCGAGAGUCAACCGACAGUCGGUUCUCUCCGCCAUUACUUCGACGCAGCAGCGCCUCAAGUUGUACAACAAGGAGCGCAAGGUCAACAUUGACUUCGAACCCUUCAAGCCCAUCAACACCUCGCUGUACCUGUGCGACAACAAGUUCCAUACCGAGGCCCUGGCCGAGCUCCUCGAAUCGGACCAGAAGUUCGGGUUCAUCAUCAUGGACGGCAACGGCGCUCUCUUUGGUACGCUGAGCGGCAACACCCGCGAGGUUGUGCACAAGUUCUCGGUCGAUCUUCCCAAGAAGCACGGUCGUGGUGGACAGUCUGCCCUUCGUUUCGCCCGUCUUCGUGAGGAGAAGCGUCACAACUACGUGCGCAAGGUGGCGGAAUUGGCGGUACAGAACUUCAUCACGGCGGACAAGGUCAACGUUGCGGGCAUUAUCCUUGCUGGCUCGGCUGACUUCAAGAACGACUUGAACGCCUCGGACAUGUUUGAUAACCGUCUCCAGUCCAAGGUCAUCAAGGUGGUGGACGUGUCGUACGGUGGCGAGAACGGCUUCAACCAGGCCAUUGAGCUUUCGUCGGAGACUCUUGGUAACGUCAAGUUUAUCCAGGAGAAGAAGCUCAUUGGCAAGUACUUUGAAGAGAUUUCGCAAGAUACGGGCCGCAUCUGCUUCGGUAUCGACGACACGCUCAAGGCUCUUGAGCUCGGCGCGGUGGAGACGUUGAUCGUGUUCGAGUCGCUCGAGCUCACCCGCUGGACGCUCAAGGACAGCAACGGCGGCGAGAUCAUCCUGCACACCAACAAGGAACAGGAGCAGACGAACCGCGAGCGUUUCAUGGACAAGGAGACGGGACAAGAGAUGGAAAUCGUGUCACAGGAGGCAUUCCUGGAGUGGAUUGCGGAGCAUUACCGCGAUUUCGGCACGACGCUCGAGUUCGUGUCGGACAGGUCGACGGAGGGUAACCAGUUCGUCAAGGGCUUUGGUGGUGUCGGGGGUAUCUUGCGAUACAAGGUCAACUUUGAACAAUUGGCCGAUCUCGACGAUGAUGAUGACGACUAUUACGAUGAUUGA